AUGGGCAAAAAACGCAAGAGGUCCAGCAACAGACCCAGCAAGACUGCCGGUCCCACGGCCUCGUCUCAGUCCAGUAUCACCGCAGCCACCGGUCGUUUCAAAUCCUCCAAAGGCCCCGUUGCGCGAGACAACCACACAUCGCACCCAGUAAUCUCACUGUACUACCGCCAACUCCUCCCACUACGACAAUAUCUCUUAAACCAACUCCCCAUUUCUUCCAAAUUGCGACGAAGACGCAUCACAUCCAUGCGUCCUACACCCGAACGCAAUGAUCCCCAUUUCCAACCCUUGGCCGAUCUGCUCGAUUCCACCUUAGUCGGUGUUCUAAAGGAAUCAUCCCCUACUAUCAGCUCCGAGCGCCAACGCGACUAUCGGGCUUUCACCCAGUCGCAAUCGCGGUCGGUCCUUAUCAGCACGGACACGGGGCCGACAUCCCCCCAAUCUGAAGUGGUUGAUUUUGUGAUCGGCCAACUUUUUAAGAAAAAUUCGAAACCGCAGCAUGUACUAGCUCAUGGAUUUCAGAGACCCUCUAUCGGUAAUGAUGACCUCGAGAGUAACAUUCCGGGUGUCGCUAUUCGUUUUCCCAAUCAGAAUGUGUGUACCCUCAAGGAUUCACCUUGGACGGAAGUUCUUGGCCUUAUGGGCCAGAAUGGAGAUGAGAUUAUGCUGCGAUUGUUGUUUGAUUGCGGUGUCUUUGUUCCCAUAGAUGCACAAAGGGGUGUUUACUAUCAAUUAAGUGGCCUGCCCCUUUCCGAGCUCGAGCAGCUUCACGAGUCAUGCGCUAGACCGAAUGAGCCAACCGAACCUGCGGUGCAAACCUCGAAGAACAAACGGGCCAACGGUCAAAGUGAGACCCGUAGCCCCAGCAGCAUUGUUUUUCUACGUCGUAGCAUGCUGUAUAGCAGACAUGCUUGUUGGACAAACGGGAAGCUGAAAGCCGGGCUGGGGAAGUCCCACGUCCUCAACCGGUUUGAAAAUGUAGAUUCUGCAGCUCACACAAUCCAUGUGAUGAUGUACAUGUUUCCUCGUCAAUUUCGUCUUCGAAAUGUAUUCGUCCCAACAGGAGAAGCCCAUGAACAAUUUACAAGUCAUGGGCAUAUCUUCCGCGAAGAUGAGAUAUUUGCUGGCGAUGAACAUCCAAAACUCCCCAAGAGACUGGGUGGGGAAGCUGCUGCACUUGCUCUUAAGCUUCGUGUCCGCCAUAAUCGAUCUUCAUACCAUGAAUUACUGAAAUAUUAUUGUCCUGCUGAGUCAAAUGGACCCUGGAAACUAGAUCUUUGCACUCAGACCCAGAACAGUCAAAAUGAAACCAACCAACCGGGAUCGUCUAAUGGGUCAAAUCUGGUGACUCAAAUACCAACCAAGCCGUUUACACCCAUUCUGCCUUCAGAAGGUCCCGGGGAUAAUGAGUCGGUCCCUGAAAACCUGAUUCGAAAACCCAAAAUUGGUCUUACCGACUAUGCCACCCCAGCUUCUUCCGUCUCGGCCUUUUGUCGAGCUGUGCUUUUGAAGUUGCUUCCUUUCAGGUUCUUCGGCGAGGGUACAGAAGGAGCAUCUAACCGAAAGCUUAUCAUGAAACAUGUAGAUGCUUUUAUCAAGAUGCGGCGAUUCGAAAGUCUGAGUCUACAUGAGGUAUGUAAAGGCUUAAAGAUCACCAGCAUCCCGUGGCUUGCUGGACCCUACCUCCUGGAUUCGAAGGCCAAAAUUUCCCUUACAGACUUCAAGAAACGUACGGAACUACUUCACGAAUUCAUGUAUUAUGUCUUUGAUGCGAUUCUUAUUCCUCUUGUUCGGGCCAACUUUUACGUUACUGAAUCUCAGACUCAUCGCAAUCGUCUCUUUUAUUUUCGCCACGAUGUAUGGCAACGCCUUAUCAAGGAACCGCUGAUGGACCUGAAAAAGAAAAUGUUCGAAGAGGUUGAGACCGACAAAGCUCAACGUCUACUUGCACGAAGAUCACUAGGAGUCGGUACAUUACGUUUGCUGCCGAAAUCAGCAGGCAUUCGACCCAUUCUCAACCUGCGAAAGCGUGCUCUUAAAGAAUCAACCUGGGGCGGGAAAAAGAGACAUUAUCUAGCAGCGAGUAUCAACUCAAGUCUCACUCCUAUCUACAACAUGCUAUCUUAUGAGCGCAAACGAGCCCCUGAAAAGUUCGGAUCGUCUUUACAAUUCGUUGGCGACAUUCAUAUCCGAUUGAAAGAUUUCAAGAAGCAGUUAAUCGAGAACGCACCUGCGACCGAGCCUCACAAGUUGCCUCAGUUGUACUUUGUCAAACUUGAUAUUCAAGGCUGCUUUGAUACUAUUCCCCAGAAACAGCUUCUGAGUCUGAUAGAAGACUUGGUAUCUGAAAGGACUUAUCACAUUACCAAGCAUGUUGAGAUGAAUCCAUCUGCUUUCGAUGCACGAGGAAAGCCAAUGCGACGAUUCAUCGGGCGCGCGGCGCCAAUCAUGAAACAGCAGCAUAUACCAAAUGUUCUGGCUAGCGAAGCGCAAGGCGGAAGGGCUAAGACCGUGUACAUCGAUACCAUCAACCAAAAGCUUCAUGGGGCCGAAGACCUACUAGGUCUCCUUGACGAACACGUUCGGAAUAAUCUCGUCAAGAUGGGCAAACAUUACUUUCGUCAACGAAGUGGCAUUCCACAGGGAUCUUUAUUAUCUAAUUUACUUUGCAACUUCUUCUACGCCCAACUAGAAGAAGAAAAAUUGAGCUUCUUGCGACCUUCUGACUCUGUCCUCCUUCGACUUGUCGAUGACUUCUUACUCGUCACGACUGACAUACGCCAAGCCAUGCAGUUCUUGCAGGUCAUGAUCCCGGGUCAACCAUCCUACGGUGUUCUAGUCAAUCCGACCAAAAGCAUGGUCAACUUCACCGCUACAGUAGAAGGAACCCACAUCCCCCGACUAGAAGGAUCACCUCUCUUCCCAUACUGCGGCAUGCUCAUCGACACACAUACACUAGAAAUAGUCCGAGAUCAAAGCCGUCUCCUAGAAGGAGGCGAUUCAGCAGCAGCCACCAUCUCCGACACACUGACAGUCGAAACAAAUCGUAACCCCGGCCGUGUGUUCCGGCGCAAAGUCCUUGGACCCUUCCGACUACAAAUCCAUCCUAUGUACCUUGACGACGCGCAUAAUUCGCGCAGCGUGGUACUUUCCAAUCUCCACGCUAGCUUUAUCACUGCCGCGAUGAAAAUGUACCGGUACAUGAAAUCUCUUCGGGGACAUAGCCAUCCCGGCCCGCCUGUUAUCAUUCAAACAAUCCAUGACCUUAUUCAGCAGACGUUUGGCGUGAUCCAAACACGGCGUACAUCGACGACGAAGCCCUUGUCUUGUUUUGUUCAAUUAUGGCAUUUGCAGUAUCUGGCUGCUUCUGCAUUUCAGUUUGUGUUGAACCGAAAGCAGACGCGAUAUGUGGCUGUGCUACGAUGGCUGGAUACAUUGGGAAAGGAAUCAAGACCCAAGUCAAAUGCGGAAGCUCUUCGACUAAAGCAGGUGGUGAAGCAGGGCACAGCAUUAUUUGAAGAAUGGCGUUUCUGA